ACGUGACUGAGAUCACAUGACUCCUUAAUGGCAACAUGGCGUCCAGACUGAAGCAGAGUUUGGCCGUACAGGCUGUAAAAACAUAUUUUAAAGUUUUAGUAGUUUUAUCCGGAUUGUGUUUUAUGUGUGCACCUGCUCAAGCUGAAAUACGAAGUGCUGUUAUUGACAAGCAAACGGGAAAACUGGCCGUUAUAGAGGGGUACCGAGGAGAUUUUGUUGCCUGGGGCAACUUCAGUGAUGAGAUUGAGAGAACAGGGUGAGUUCACCAGUGGAGUUAAAGAUGUCAAACCUUUCUUUUGUUAGCUGAGAGCUGUGAAAUAGUAGAUGAAUGGGGAAAAAAACUCUUUGAUCAUUUCUCUCCUGCUAAAUACAUUGCAUGAUAUGUCGUCAUAUCCCAAAGUGUCUGAAGAAUUCAGCAGCUAAUGUUUGGCUAAUUGUAAACAUUAUAAGAAAAGGGUAUGGCGAGCAAAGUAACAGCAACCAAUAAACAGAUUAUUCUUAAAUAAGUACAGAACUGAACAUUUUCGUGUGAUCGUUGUUCUUGCUGAGUCAUUUUCUGUGAUUAAAUGAACAGCUGACCAACAGUAUCGACUCCCAACGAUUCAGCUUACCUUUGCACAUCAGCAAAUUCCAAAACAAGACGCAGUGUAAGGGUCAAAUUAAAGGUUUUUUUUAAAGGGUUUCGAUUGAAAAGUCUUUCUGUUACGAGAAUUGAACAGUAAACAAACAAAACAAAAAAAACCCGAAAUGUUACGAAGUUUAAGUCAUAAUAUUUUUUGGAACAAAGUCGUAAUAAAGUCAUUGUAUUACCGCGGCCCCAACACUUCCUCGCAGUAUGGUAACAGAAUCUGGAAGUAAACUUGUACUGGGCUUCUGUCCAAAUAAAGAAGAAGUAGUCUGUCAAAGCCUCUAAAAACUGGAUUAUAAAACAAUAAAUGUAUGAAAUUUAAUCACAGAUUUAAAAAAAAUGAAACAAUACACAAGUAGUUUUGGAUCUGUGAGUCUUGACAUGUCAGAGAAUAUUGGUCCGAUCAGGAUCAGGGAUACGGCUCAACUUACCCCACUCCUACGGUCAACUUACCUCCUAUUGACCAUAGGAGACCAGUUUUUUUUGGCAUGCUAUAUUAUCAAGACAGUUAUGUUUACACUCAUUCUGUUGGUUUUCAGGGAUGCACAACAUCUUGAAAUAUAUGCAGAUACACUUGUUAGAGACAAAACUAUGAUUGCCUUGAUGUAGUGAUCCGAAAUAUGAAAAAUGGCUCAUCUUACCCCACUUCUCCCCUAUGGUAUAGCCUGUCCCCUUUUAAUUUUGCCGUCACAGACAGGUCAGUCAUAUGUGCUCUCCUUCCAGCUGGGCGUUCUUAGAAGUCACUACCAGUGGUCAGUACAAUGACAGUCUGCAGGCAUAUGCUGCGGGUGCAGUGGAGGCUGCUCUCACAUCUCAGGUCAGUCUAAACCUUGGAUCCACAACCCAGUUUGUCCUAGGCUUACCAUGCAAUUAAAAUCUGUCAUUGACUUUUUAAUUUGUGUAGCUCAUCUAUAAGCACUGGAUGAACACUCUGAUGGGCUACUGUGGACCAUUUACAUCUCAAACGGGUUACUGUGAGCGCCUUAAGGCUUUCAUUUCCGCCAACAUGCAAUGGGUUCAGGAGCAAAUAGAGAAGCAGCCAAGUUCACCCUACUGGUACCAGGUAACAACUGAGAAAAUUUAUGUUACAUAAAAUUUGUUUCAUAGACAUCAUGUUUAUGUAUUUUUGUGAUAUUUUCUGCAUAUCAGGUGCGCCUGGCUCUCCUGCAGCUGAAAGGCCUGGAAGACAGCUACAAUGAUCAGCUGUCAUUUCCAACUGGGUCUUUCUCCCUCAACCCAUUUGGCUUCCUGUAUGUGAUUACCUCCAUUUAUUGUUUAACAUGUCGCUCCACUGCUAUACAGAUUGAAAUCAUUAAAACUUGUGCUGUAACCUGCACUUUUACUCUUUCCACUCAGACUUUUCCAAAUGGGUGGAGAUCUGGAGGACCUGGAAUCAGCUCUGAACAAAUCCAGCCAAACCCGACCUCUUGGUUCUGGCUCUUGUUCUGCUCUUGUUAAGCUGCUGCCAAACAAUAAAGACCUGCUGGUGUCGCAUGACACCUGGAACGUGUACCAGGCCAUGCUGCGCAUUAUGAAGAAAUACAUCUUUUCUUUUAAGGUUUCUCCAUCAGGUAGCCCUCUUUUAGGAAAUACACUUCCUUUUGAUUACUACUCCUGCCACUGAGUUCUGUGGAAUUGGGAAGAUAUCCCCCUUGUUUCUGUAGAGUUUUUAAGCUGUUCAGUAAUCAGAGCUGAAAACAAGGGCAACAAAGAAUCCUUACAAAAUAGGUGCAAUGACUUCAUGGAAAAAGUCAACAAGUCAAUGUUUUAGAUUAAAUAAGAUGCAUAAAUAACUGAGCUUUAGUGGUGCUUUUUUUGUAAUUACCAGACAACUAUGCUGGAUGUUGUCAGCCUUUGUGCCAAGCUAAGCUAAAUGGCUACUGUGCACAGAAGUGUGGUUAGCAAUUUGAUAACAACUUCUUUAUUAAGUAAUUGAAAACAAAUGAAUUUCAAACCACUUCUUCAAACCUUGUUAACCAAAGACCUGCAGCCCAUAACCUGAAGCACCAUUUCUCUUUAAAUUUGAAGCUCUUUGACUUGACUCCCUGUGGCCAUGGUCUAAGAUAUAAAUAUGGAUUUACUGACCACAAAUUAGUUAUAGACUAUUGUUAUGUGUUCGUUUUCAGACAACGAUCUUCUCCCAGGGGGAAUUCAGGCCUUUUCAUCUUAUCCUGGAUCUAUCUUCUCCGGAGAUGACUUUUAUAUUCUAAGUAGUGGUUUGGUAAGAGACUUUUUCUGCUUAAUAAUAUCACUAACUGUUAAGAUGCCGUAGUGUUCCAAUUUUGAAUUUUUGGCAUGUAAUUUUAUUUUAAGACUGUGCUUCUUGUUUGUUAUCCAUCUUGUGAUUGCAGGUUACUUUGGAAACCACCAUUGGCAACAGUAAUCCUGCGCUCUGGAAAUUUGUUCAGCCCACAGGAACCGUCAUGGAGUGGCUGAGGAACAUAGUUGCUAAUCGACUGGCUGUCACUGGCAAAGAGUGGGCUAAGAUAUUUAGCAUGUUCAACAGUGGAACGUGAGUUAUGUGCUCCAGAGAGAAACUAGCUCUCAUGAGUUUUUGACAGACACUAUCCCCACUUUGUCUAAGAGUUAUCUCCUAAAUAGACUCUGGCCUGAGUUUUUUUGCCACAUUUUGCCUUGUGUUCAAAUUCCCCGUGCAUGAGAAGGAAGGAUAAGAUUUAGUGUGACCUUUGAUUUUAAGAUGUACUAAUAGCAGUGAAGGGAGCAGGAAAAGGGCAUUUAUAAUCAGGAGUCACAUGAGAAGUCAGUCCAGACAUCCAGCUGGAAAGGCGCUGUCAGGAUGAUAGUUUGUGAAUCAUCAGUUCCAUGAUUAUACACUGUUGAUGUAUAAAAAAUAUCACUAAAUACUAGAAGGUUUUAUGGAUUUUUGUUCUUGAUUGUUUUAAAUGACUGUAUAUGUAUAUAGGUACAACAACCAGUGGAUGAUUGUGAACUACAACCAUUUUACUCCAGGAAAGACUGACAUUAAAGAGGAGCUCUUUGUUGUGCUGGAACAGAUACCGUAGGUCUUUGCUUCCCAUCUAAAUAAAUAAAAAUAGAAAUUCUGGAAUUUCUAUUUAUGACUCGUGGAUCCAUAACUUUUUUUCUCUACCUUAAUUCUGCAGGGGUUUAAUUGUUUACACCGACAAAACUCAAGAAUUGCUGGGGAAAGGCUACUGGGCAAGUUACAACAUACCGUAGGUUUGAAAUCUUCAAGCUUCAUGUUAAUGUAUUAAUUGUGUAGCUUAUGAGAGUAUUAAAUGUGAUUUUUUUCUUUGUUCAUGCAUGCCUGUGUAAAGGUACUAUGAGGACAUAUUUAAUGCCAGUGGCUGCAAUGAGCUGGUUGAGAAGUUUGGCCCUUGGUUUUCCCUGGACCAGAAUCCUAGGGCUCAGAUAUUCAGGAGAAACCAGACAGCUGUCAUAGAUCUGGACUCAAUGGUCCGACUCAUGAGGUAAAGAUUGGUUGUCAAUAGAUCAAAGGUUGGACAAUUCCGUCUGUGUUUGAUUGUUAGUACACAAAUUGUGUCCUCUAACAUAAGCUUUGGUAUUUUCACAUUUUAAGUUUAAACCUUUUUAGCUAAAUUAAUUGUCUCUUCCUAGGUAUAAUAACUUUAAAGAGGACCCGCUGUCAAGGUGUGAUGGCUGUGAUCCACCUUGGAAUGGAGAGAAUACUAUCUCAGCCCGUUCAGACCUGAACCCAGCCAAUGGAACCUAUCCGUUUGGCGCUUUAAAGCAGAGACCACAUGGAGGAACAGAUAUGAAAGUUGGUCAUUUUCUUGCUACAAUCCAUACCUGUCUGUCCAGACUUUUCAUGAUCCCAAAAUAUUGUCUGUGUGAUCUUAGAGAGAUGUAUUUUUAAUCAGGGGUUUUAUGUGUGUUCCUGUGCAGAUGACUUCUUAUGGGAUGUUUCGGGACUAUGGUAUGCUAGCAGUGAGUGGACCCACAUGGGACCAGGUGCCACCCUUCCAGUGGAGCACUUCCCCUUACAAAGAUCUGAUGCACAUGGGACACCCUGACAAAUGGACAUUCGAGCCCAUAAAAGUCUCCUGGACUUCCUAAUUUUUACUAUACUGUAAUGCAAGGGAAAUGAAAUGAUGCUGAAUGUGCUGUUCGACAAAGGGAAAUUUUACCUACAUUUUAUAAAAUGAGUUUUAUGAACACAAUAAUCAUGGUUUCAGUUUUGAAGAGAAAGGCAUUAGUAUUCUGGAACUAUCACAAUGUAAAGCAUGGUACUUGAACAAAAAAUAUGCACCAAAAAUUCAGUUAAACCUUCACUGUGAGGCAGUGUGAACUAAAGCACAUUUCACACUUUGCAGUAGCAAAGUUGGAGCUUCUAAAUAAAAGGGAUAUUCCGGCGUAAGAUUAAUUUAAGGUCAAACACACCGUAACACCAAGUUAGACACCCAUCGAGAGAUGACUGUUGCUGACUGCUUGCUUCUCUAGUUAUACCAACUUUAGUAACGACCGUACGAUGGCAAUACACAGUGGUCUGAGGAGCCAUACACAAACCUCAAACAAAACGCCACUCUAUAACCACAAAUGAUGCUCACCUAACUUCAUCAACAGUACAUACAGUAUAAGGUCCCAGCCAUAGCACUAGCCACCAAACAUCUUUUUAACUUUGCCUAAUUUCUUUAGCAAAGCGACUCAACACAACUCACCCACUCUCUUCAGCAGCCGCUUGUUUAUAGCCAGACCUCAGGUCAGUCCAUUACGGACUGCUGCGGGGUGACGCAGCUCAAGGAAUAACCCUUUAAACUAUAUCAGCUUUCCAUUUUUUUGUUUUUAAGAUUCCGUUUAUAACUCAUACUGAUUGUAAAUGUAAAUUAUACCAAUUUUAACUGCUUCGUGAGUGAUGGAGUUGUAAAAUAUUCUCAAUGGACUUUUUUUUUAGCAAUCACCACAAGAUUGUUGAAAGGAUGAAAAUGUUGAUCAUGAAUUAAAUGCUCUUUAUCCUUA